CAAGUGUAAUCAAACUUUGCUGAUUCGAAAGAAAAAUUUCUUAGUUUGUAAUAAAAAAUUUCUUUUUGAUAAGAAAUUGUCAUUUCUUUAAUUGAAAGGAGUGGUCUAAGAAGAAAAUGAAUUCUUAGUAUCUAUCAAUUAUUGUAUAUUAUUGAUAAUGCAUAAUGUUUUCCUCAAUUUAAGCAAAGUUUUGCUGGCGUUUUCUGAGAAAUUUACCCAAAAUUGUUCAAAGUCAUCCAGUUCGAAAGUUUUGUUCCCUCUAUAAGUCAGAAAAGCAUUUUUUAGCUAUUUACAAAAAGCAUUCUUUAGCUAUUAGCAAUUCUUAUAAGCUUUCGUAUUUACUCGCCGAGCCUGGUUACUAAAGUUUCUUAAACGCUUUUCAUGUACAUCAAUGUCCGGUAGAUUGUGUUUUUGGUGGACGUUUUCACAGCAGCUUACAAAUGAGGUGACACUGCGUGAAUCAAGGAUGUUGAAGCUACUGAAAGCUCAAGGCGCUUACAUACCAGCUGAAUCACCUGCUAAUUUGCAGACUCAUCUUACAGGACGCAGAGCACCAACUGAAGCGAUCCUUGCUAGGAGAUCCCUUGUACUAUUCAAUGUCAGAGAUUGCAAUCUUAUGAUCUUAUAAUCUCAAAUCUUUUUAGCGUUGAAGACAACUAGCUUUAGACAAGAAAACUGCCUCGGACAUAGUUUGCGUUUAAUGAAUGCUACAAGAAAUGGAUUUAAAUUUCCGUCUUAAUCUUCCCAAAAACGGGAAGUUAUCGGUGCGUUUACACUCGCAUGUGCAUGACAAUGCUUUCACGCGUUUUUGCCUGCGCACACGGAAAUCAUUUCAGGCAGUUCGAAACAAUUUCGAAUAUUACCUCAUAGGAGAGAAAUUCCUAAAUGGAGAGUCUCAAGUCAGAAAGAUGGUCAGAAGUAUGGAGUAAGCGAGCCAAUUAAUCUGUUAUUAUGUGAGACAGAUAAAUUAGCCGAGGCUUGUAGUUUUAGGUUUUCUGGUUUCCAGUUUAUCGGCUUCACUUAUGGAGAUCCAUGGCGGCAUUCCAGCGCAGUUUCUCGUGUGUGAUGCCGGGACACUUCGAGAGUUAAGUCACCAUGUUGUCCACAGUGCAUUCGCAGGACAUAAUGCUUUGCGACUACAAAAAUCAAGAGAAUCUCUCGAUCUGAAAUUGGAACCGUCGUCAGAAUGCGUGCUACAGAGUUUCGGGGGAACAGGACAUACCCCGAUACUCGGGUCCCCAGAGCUGAACUUGCUCAAGCUGGAAUCGCCGGAGCUCGAACGACUGAUCAUGUCUCAACAAGAUGAAGGGGUACUACAUCAAUGCCCCAGCGGGGUUCAAAUAACAGCUCAAUCUUUAAUGUCACAACUCGAACUGAAUUCAAAUCGGAAUGCAAAAGCUUUAUCACCAAUUAUAUCUCAAGAUGACUUUCGCUUUAUCACCGAAACUAACCGCGCGUUGGAAUCUAUAUUACCAAAAUCAAGAGACGACAUUGAUGACAACGAAUCUCAUUCAUUUGUUUUUGGCAUGGAACAUUUUCUUGAACCAAUGCAACAAGUACCGGGCAAUCUGGAAGCAGAGAGACACCUUUUGGUCCAGACUGAGGCUGAAUCUAGCUUAUUGGACAUGAGGCAACAUCAGUCUAGACUCACUGUCAAGCAAAACAACGAAAGAUCAUUAAAAACAUCCGUCAGCCCUAAUUCUAUGUUCCAGAGUGGAAAUGACAGCCAUGAAGGAGUCUAUGAGCGGAUAGGUAAUACUGAGACUAUACUCGAAUCAAACGCACACAUUUUAUAUGACAUGGCCCAACCAAGCAUGGUGCCAAACCCGUACACACAAAGCAAGGUCGAUAGAGAAAAAGGCUCACGGCUUGCUAUGUUACCAUUGCCCCCGAUCGAUCUGGAGGUUCAAGAAAUUGUCAAAAGGGAGCGGAAAAAGUUGAAGAAUAGAGUCGCUGCAUCUAAAUGUCGCAAGAAGAAACUUGAGAGAGAGGCUCAGCUCGAAGUGCGAGUGCAGCAGUUGAAAGAGAAGAACAUUGAAUUGAAUGCGCUGGCAAAUGCACUUCGUCAACAAUCAGGAGAAUUGAGGCAAAGGAUUUUGGACCACGUUAACAAUGGCUGCCCCGGUACUCUAAUGCAUUAUUAACCCAAUGUAUUAUACACAGUGCCCAUUUAACGAAAAUAAUUAAUGCCAUUGUGGUACUGUUACAACAUGGCCUUUCUUCAGGGACAGCAAAUUCAUUGUGUUAAGCUUGUGUUAAGUGAUUUCCUCUUCUCUAAUGCAAAUAAAUGUGGAUGGGACAAAUCACUUACUACGUUUAAAAUGACUGCUGUGCCACAGGAAUCCCCAUCAAGUACAUCUUUGUUUAUUUGGCUAACGGUUGUAGUCGUCUAUUCACUGCAUAAUGGAACUGUGAAAAUAUGGUCAUGUCUCAAAAUAGGUAGAUGAAUUGGAGCUGUUUGGUCCUUGAUGCUGAGUAAUCAAUUUUAAUAUGACAUUGUUAACAUAAAAAGAUGAUAGAUAUUAAACAUGCACCUUGCAAUGAUCCUAGCUAACUGCCCCACUGCAUUUAUCCCCACUGCGAUGUACAUCUGUUGUAAAUGUGUAUUUGAAGUGAUAUGUUGUAGAAUAAAAAAUUUGUUGUGAAAAUCCCCGAGAUUAAAUUCUACAAAUGGCCUUUUAUUUCAUGUG